ACGUCACUAUCUAGGAAUUAGUACUGGAAUCAUUUCUUUAGUAUACUUGUUUCGACUCACAUUUCACAUCUCGAGAAUUAAAAACAAAAAAAAUUUAACUAAUGGGUCAGAUAAAGCAAUAUAUUGCAGGCUUGGCAGCCGCGUUUGGUGCCUUUUGCUUGGGUGCAUCUAUUGGAUGGUCUGGGCCGAUGGAGAAGCCGAUCCUUGGUGGAGAUGCGUAUUCGUUUUCGGUAUCUGACGACCAAUGGGGAUGGGUUACCUCGAUAAUGACCCUUGGAGGUGCCUGCGUGUGCAUUCCCAUUGGAGUAUUAAUUGCAUUAUUCGGACGCAAGAUGGUUAUGCUCGUGCUGGUGAUACCCUACCUAUUGGGCUGGGCCUGUAUCAUUUGGGCGGCUAACGUGUAUAUGCUGUACAUUGGGCGAUUUGUGGUUGGCGCUUGUGGUGCCUCCUUUUGUGUGACUGCUCCCAUGUACACUACGGAGAUAGCAGAGAUUAAAAUCCGAGGUGUUAUGGGAUGCUUCUUUCAGCUGUGGAUUGUUCAUGGGAUUCUUUAUGGCUUUGGAGUUGGCGCUUUGUUCGAGCCAUUAUUUGUCAACAUACUCUGCGGUAUUUUGCCAAUCGAAUUCUUUCUUAUCUUCAUCUGGAUGCCAGAAUCUCCAGUUUAUCUUGCCCAGAAGGAAAAGGGCGAACAGGCAGAGAAGUCCAUGAAAUGGCUACGUGGAAAAGAUGCCGACAUCUCUGCGGAUAUGAAGGCCAUUAUGGAUGAGGCGAAGAAGGAGAAACCAAAAGUUAAGGAGGGAAUGUCCCGCAUGGGUUCGAUCUGGGGAUUAUGUAUAUCAAUAUCGCUGAUGUUUUUUCAACAGUUUACAGGCAUCAAUGCCAUCUUAUUUUAUGCCACCGGCAUUUUUACCAAAGCCGGCACAGGACUAUCUCCCGACUGGUGUACAGUUAUCCUUGGCGUUGCCCAAGUCUUUGCCACAAUUCUAGCAAUCAUGUUGGUCGAUAAAUCAGGACGUCGUAUUUUAUUGUUAAUUUCUGCCGCAUUGAUGUGCUUGACAACCCUGAUGAUGGGAUUCUAUUUUCAUUAUCUAAAGGACUCGAAUGUUGGAUGGCUGCCGGUCUUAUCUACAUGUUUAUUUAUUAUCGGUUUCUCGAUUGGAUUUGGUCCCGUUCCCUGGCUGAUUAUGGCCGAACUGUUUGCAGAGGAUGUGAAGCCGCUUUGUGGCUCUAUUGCCGGUACUUGCAAUUGGCUCUUUGCCUUCUGUGUUACCAAAUGCUUUCCCAUCUGUUUGGACGCAUUUGGUGCGGCAGCAACGUUUUGGGUAUUUGCUGUUAUCUCAUUCUUGGCCGUUGUCUUCAUUAUUUUGCUUGUGCCAGAGACGAGGGGCAAAACACUGAAUGAAAUUCAAGAGCUGCUUGGUGGAUAAUCGAACUGACAAAUUAACGCGAUAAAUCGAUGUCGAUAACAGACAAUUCACUUGUUGCAUUCUUGCAUUGGGCACCAGAGUUGACAACUGUUAUUGGUAAAAGCAAAUUUUGUAGUGAACCAAAUUUUAAUUUUCAAUGUAUAUUGACAUAUUAUUUCAAAACUUUGAACUUUAUAUUUAAAGGACUAAACUCAUUUAUACAGGAAAUACAAACUAUUACAAUCAAGCGA